AAUCUUUUGGCUGAGAAAGUGGAACAGCUGAUGGAGUGGAGCUCAAGGCGUUCAGUCAUCCGCAUGAAUGGAGACAAAUUCCGAAGGUUUGUGAAGGCUCCACCUCGUAACUACUCGGUGAUAGUGAUGUUCACUGCUCUCCAGCCACAGCGGCAGUGCUCUGUUUGCAGGCAAGCUAAUGAAGAAUAUCAGGUGCUGGCUAAUUCCUGGCGCUAUUCAUCUGCUUUUUCAAACAAACUGUUUUUCACUAUAGUGGAUUAUGAUGAAGGGGCAGAUGUUUUUCAACAGCUGAAUAUGAACUCUGCCCCGACUUUUAUGCAUUUUCCUCCAAAAGGUAAACCCAAGAGAGCUGACACGUUUGACCUGCAGAGAAUCGGAUUUGCAGCUGAGCAGCUAGCUAAAUGGAUAGCUGACAGAACAGAUGUUCAUAUCAGAGUGUUCAGGCCUCCUAACUAUUCUGGUACAAUUGCAUUGGCUCUUCUGGUCUCUCUUGUUGGUGGCUUAUUAUAUCUGCGAAGGAAUAAUUUAGAGUUCAUCUACAACAAAACUGGCUGGGCCAUGGCAGCUCUGUGUGUUGUAUUUGCUAUGACAUCUGGUCAGAUGUGGAAUCACAUCCGUGGACCACCAUAUGCUCAUAAAAAUCCUCAGAAUGGACAAGUGAGUUACAUACACGGAAGCAGUCAGGCUCAGUUUGUUGCAGAAUCACAUAUUAUUCUUCUGCUGAGUAUCCUUCAAACUGGUGAUGAAUAG